AUCCCGUGGUUUUUCUCGCUAAUUAGGAUUUUCCACGUAAAUUCUUGGUGUGCUAUUUUAUUUUCCCUACUCUAUUUUUCAUCAUGGUAUCAGAGCAUGGAGACGAAACCCUGGCCACCAUUGAGGAAAAUCCAAUAGGAGAAUCCCAAACCAAUAACCCAGAUAUAACCACUGUUAUCCAAAAAGCCAUUGAUAGAUACUUCCAAACCCUUCUUCCCCACUUCCGUGAAGACGAGCCGCCGCCGCCCUACCCACCACCGGCCGUUUCCGUCGAGCCAGCCGCCUCCUUCGAAGACCCAACCACCCGCUGCAACCACCAGUCGCGCGCGGAUGAAGGAAUCCUUCCGGUUCAGACGCACGCAGAGGAGGUCGACCAGCGACCAGCCGUGCGAAACCAGUCCGACCGGUCCCAGACGUUGCCGACCGAAGCUGUGGAGCACCGAUCUGUUACACCCAGGGCCGACUGGACCAGAUCCGCCAUGCCCGAGCUCCAAUCUGCUAUACCCGACACCGAUUGGUCCAGAUCUGUGAUGUCCGAUGCCGAUCAAUCAAGUUUCCGUCCUUCGGGAGUGCCGCCGGCCUUCUCCUCUCAGAUCGGAGCCUCAUCCCAAUCUUUGCCGCACCAAAGGACAGAUGGAAGAGGUAUGGGUAUUUUCCAGCCAGGUAUGAGCAACCAAAUGGAGCAAUUUUCGCCGAUCACAGAUGAGUUUGGAGGGGGCAAGUCUUCAUCAUACCACCAAGACUAAGGAAAUAUAAUCCAAGAUCAAGUUACUCAGUUGCAGUUGCAGAUUAAACAACAGAACGAGAUGUUUCAACAACAGCUUGCUGCUAUUGGGGAAGCCAUGGGAUCGAAAUCCAAGAUCCAAUCAGAUCUAAAUCCAUACCCUGAAAAUUCGGUAACUUCGUUCCCUACUUACUCCUCAAAUUUAUGUUCUGCAACUAUAGGCAAUUCCUCUGGAAUUAUUAUAGGGGAAAAGUUGAAUGGUGAUAAUUACUUCUCUUGGUCCUAAUCUAUUAAAAUGGCUCUUGAGGGCCGUCAUAAAUUUGGAUAUCUGACAGGUGAAAUACCAAAACAAAGGAUCGGUGACCCCCAAGAGCGAAUGUGGAAAGGAGAGGAUUCUUUGUUGAGAUCAAUUUUGAUUGGCAGUAUGGAAC